UCUUACGAAGAUGGCAGCCAGCGUCAUUCGUAGCCAAGUAUCAUUUUUCUAAAUUUUAAUUUUCCGGGAAAUUUCGUGCAUAUCACCGUACAACCAGCGCGCGUUACGAGUAAUUUAUUUGUGAUUAGUAUUUACUAAUAGAUUUACGUGCUUGCUGGCGGCACACUGUGUACCCCGUUGUUUUUCUGUGUGAAAAAGUAGUGGCGCCAUUUUGAGACUUAUUUUGUCGGCUGUCACGUCUCGUCAAAGUUCAAGGGCUCCGUCGGUACAAAUUUUAACAAUUUCUGGCAACCGGGGACCCGUAGUGAGCGCUAGAACUAUUCUAAACAUUAAAAUAUUGCAUGGCCACUGGCAUGGCGGCAAUUAGCAAGAAUAAUACAUGAGAUUGGUGGGAGGAAGUGUAAUUUCCAUUGUCGGUCGGCAAGACCAAUAAUAUUGUGGCGAAUGACGUCAUAGCCGAAUUCAAGGUCUCAACGAGAGUCGCGAGAAAGAAAGAAAAACAUUGCACGAGUGUAGAGCCCAGUCCGGCUACCGCCUUCCAAUUUGUCGAGCAAGUGGCUAAUCGGUGGCGAAAAUGUGAAAAAACAAAUCUCGGUUCAGUGUUUCGGGUUAUUAGAUCCGAGUGGAAAGUCGUUGAAUCGGUUACAUUGGACAGCGCGCAUAUCACGAGCUGCACAGCAUCCAGCAAGACCUCGCUCGAAGCCGCGGAAUACGCUGCGAUCCCGGUAGCUGGCGAACGUUGUGUCGAGAGUUGUCGCGAAAAUGUCCGUGCAGCAGUUCUGUUUGCGGUGGAACAACCAUCAGCCCAACUUCAUCUCGGUGUGCUCGUCGCUUCUGCACAAUGGCACGCUAGUUGACGUCACACUGGCCGCCGAGGGAAGGCAGCUCCAGGCGCAUAAGAUUGUUUUGUCGGCGUGCAGCUCCUACUUUCAGACUCUAUUCACGUCGAACCCGUGCCAGCAUCCAAUCGUUAUCUUAAAAGAUGUUCAGUAUAACGACCUUAAAACUAUGGUAGAUUUUAUGUAUUACGGGGAAGUGAAUGUCUCACAAGAGCAACUUCCCCAUAUAUUAAAAACUGCAGAAAUGUUGAAAAUAAAAGGUUUGGCUGAAAUGCCAGAUGCCGCGGCAUCUCUAACAAAAUCAGAAAGCAAAUCGUCAUCGGAGCAAACAGAUCAGUUACAGGGUGGAAGUGGUGAAUCGUUGUGGGGAAGUACAGAUUCACAAUUUCAACAUCAUCAUCAUCAGCACCACCCGCAACACCAUUUACAACCACAUCACCAACAAAGAAGAUCGCCAUCACCUACAUCGUCAGGCGCUUCACCAGCAACGAGACGAAAACGACUUAGAAAAUCAUCAAAUAGUGGUUCAACUGAACGAACAUCUGAAGAGCAAAGUAGUGUUGAAGGUUCAGCAAAUAUUAAUUUAUCUCAGAUGGCACAAAUGUCAUUUGGGGCCACUGGUACAAAUUUAACGCAAACUCUACACACGAAAAUUAUUAAAGAGAGUUCAAGUACGGACACCGACACCCAUCCUCAAGAUUCUUCGCAGGAAAGCAUCGACGAUACAGCCAGUCAUCAACACCACGUGCAGCAAAUUAAACCUGAAGCGGAUCUAAGUAACGUACAGCAAUCCAUACCAUUAGAUAUAUCCGGUCCAACAACACCAUCAGAGCAAGAAGGCCCAAAUGUAACAUGUUCGCAGUCUCAGUCAUCGCAUUCGGGUGUGCAAUGGACGGUUGUGGACCCGAACUAUCCACGAUUUUCGCUAUCAUCAUGUCAAGCAAAUAUCUCGAUUGGCGGUGAUCAGUCGUCUGAGAAUGGAGCAAGUGCCGCGAACGGGCAACACCAUCAACAACAACAGCAACAGCAGCCCCAAACCAUCAAUACUUCGUCGGGAAAUAGUGUAGUUACAACGAAUCAACAGGGGCACAUUCAAAUGCAUUAUCAAGGAUCGGCAUAUAAUCCGCAAAUGAUAUCAGUGAAUAGUCUCGUUAGCAAUUAUUCUCAGAAUUUAUCAACGCCCACAUCACCGACUGAUUCGACAAUGGUUCAAUCUGUAUACAGUCAAGGACCAACCCCCACCCAAUCGCCUGUGCAUCAAAUGGCAACAGGAAAUAGUACAACAUCUAAUGCAAACUCGCAAAAUCAGCCGUCACAAUCGACGCCGGCACCACAGAAAAGGAAACGUUCUGUGAACCCCCAAAGUGAUGAGAACUUCAUUCGAGCUUUAGAAGCAGUAAGAACGGGCGGCAUUGGAUUUUGCAAAGCAGCUCGAUUAUAUGGGGUGAAUAAUCGAACGUUAUGGUUAGAAUAUAAAAAACGGGGAUAUCCAAUAAGUAGGCCUAGUAUUAAAAAUCGAAUUAAACUAGAGCCAAAUAUAUCUCCUCCUCCCUCAACAACUCCGACGAAUGAAGAGAGCACUAUAGAAAAUUACGAACAUAUAAAUCAACCAGCAAUAAACAUGCAAGUUCCUCCAACUUCGGAAACCCCUACACCAAUCAUGUGUCCACCGCAUGCGCAUCCAAUGGGAGUGAUGAGUUUUCUUGAUACCCGACACAUGGAAUUUCCAACCAGCAUUCACACAAUGUCUCGACAGCGAUAUACAGAUAGUGCCGUUAAUGUGAAUACAGCUGCCAUGAAUUUGCAGGGUCUUAAUUUUAACUCUAUGGAUCCAGGUGGUGAAGAUAAAAUGGAUUUAACAUCGGUUGGAAGCAAACGUAAUCGUUUCCUGAUUCGUCAACCAAGAGUUAAACGUGACAGCGAUACAAGUCAACAAUCGCCAGAUAUCAUUGAACUGGAACAUCCUUCUUCUAGAAAUCUGUUAUCAGUUCCGCCAAAAAUCGAAAGGCAUUCAUCUGAGCCGGCUCCAAGCAUUGCUCCUUCUUCACCUCAACUUCUUUCUGUCCCCGGUCAGUCCAUACCAUUGUUGGUGAAGCAACAUUCUCAUCCGCUGCUUCCAAGCAGCCAUUCGCCUCCGUUAUCCUUGAAUUCAAGCGGCAAUUUUAGCUUACAUCGUCAGCUUUCCCAACCAACGCCAUCAUUGAUUUCAACAGGAGAUACAAUUUUCACAACAUCCGCAUGUAUCUUAUCUACAAACACAAUAAGUCAGAGUCAUGGAAUGGUACAAUUUAUCCCUUCAAUGUCGAUUAAACAUGAAAGUAUGGAAAGCUCACCCUCGAAAAUAUCCACUGGUCCGAAUACACCCAUUGUCCUGUUAACCGAUACAAUAUCGGGAACAAGCAGUACAGAGCAGCACUUAAAUCCAAUUCGGGUAAAAGCAGAUGAGUUGCAGCGCUCGGCGUCAUCACCGCAGACGGCUCGAGAACCCUCUUUAGAGAACCCACGAUCAAGCCAUUGCCCAGUCAUAAGACCUGGCCCAGCGCUAGGCUGUAACUUCUGUUGGAACACUAUUGAUGCACAUGGAAGGAUCUUACGCCGUAAAACCAAAUACCACUGCCCUGAAUGUCAAACAAAUCUGUGUAUCGUACCAUGCUUUCAAGAGUAUCACGAACGGCAAGGAAAAACAAAACGACCCGUUUUGGAAUCUCGGUACAAAUCGUUAGGAAAAUUACAGAAAGAAAUGCAUCACCUCAAGUGGAUGACCCAUGCUGAUACCAUCAUGGAAUUACAGCGAAGCCUUCACAAUGACGAGGCCUCGGCAGAUGUGUGGCUUUCAUCUGACAAAGGCAUCGUUUUUCGAGCUCAUCGCUUCCUGUUGUGUUUCUGUAGUGACUAUUUCAAAGAAAUGUUCCGGGACGUUCCUACCAACCAGGAAGUGACGAUUAUAAUUCCGGAAGUGCGCCCGAGCAUUUUGAAGACAAUCCUAGAUUUUAUUUACACUGGCGAAGUAUGCGUUUCGUCCGAGGAUAUGAGCGAUUUCUUCAAUGCUUUCAACUUGCUGGAAAUCAAGAGUGGAAUAAAUUGCGAACGGCGGGUAACCCAGAAACAGGAGCAGACACAGUAUCGGGAAGAGUUAACAAUCGAACCUGUGGAAGAUAUAGAAAUAGAAGUUCAGCAACAAUCUGGAAGUGUCGACAAAUCAGAGGAAAACGAUGGAAUGCAUUCAGAAAAGGAUCUAGAAUAUUUGGAAGUGUACAGUUCACAUGAAAAAUUUGCUCAGUAUACAAUCGAACAGCCCAGCAGUGAUUACAUUUUAACAGAAGGUGCAGAGUCGAGUUUUGUACUUCCGGUCGAGAAAACAGAGAACGAGAUCACAAUCAAUGCCGACGAAGUGCAUGCAGUUGAAAAUGCUGAUCUAGAACCGAAAUUCAAAAUACAGAAAACUCCAAAAAUCUUCAAACCAGAUGAAAUUCAAGGGAUAGGAUCACGUGGUGAAGCUUUCGAAGCGGCAGUUCAAGAAGUUUUACAGUUGGGUGUUAGUUUACAAAAAGCCGCAACGAAGUACAAUAUAUCUAAAACGGUCCUAUGGCGGCGAGUUCGGAAAAAUAGUGCCUAUAAAACUGAGCGUGAGCACCCAAUGUUAAAUGCUGCAAUAUCAAUGCUCGAAAGUGGCGAGUCCUUGAAAACAAUCAGUCAAGCAAUAAAGAUACCAAUAUCGACGUUACAUCGACACAAAGUGCGGUUGUUACAAGAAGGUAGAUUGCCACAACAUAUUCAGGUUAGACGGCGCGAUUCAAAGGACAAUCUGAAAGAACGAAUUUCAAACGCUAUAAAUGCUUGUGCCCGCGGAAUGUCUCAAAACCAAGCAGCCAACGUUUAUUCUGUUCCGAAAUCAACUUUGUGGCGACACUUACAAAGGCAAAGUACCUGCAAUGUCAAAAUCGACAGUCAAUUAAGCGAUGAAAUUUCUAUACCGAGCUAAAGAACAUUUUUUCCCUUAUGCGUACUGCUAGGUUAGUUUUAGAAGUAUCGUUUCAACAAAAUAUACUGUUUACACCUCCACCUCGUAUUUUUAAAAUAUCGGGUGCAAAUAUCUCAUAGAAUAACAGAUACAAUAAUAUUGUAAUUUUCAUUCUGGUUGAACAUUAACCUGUAGUGUUAGAACAUUCAUUCUUCAAUCGUAGAUCGGCCACAUAAUUUUUGUAGAAUUUACCAUCUAAUAAAAUACAUAAUGCAAUAAA